AGGCAGUUAUUAUUUACAGUCAUAAUACAUAGUCGUAAUAAAUCAUCUUUCACGGCUACUUAACGUUUUAGAGACUAACAAGAUGUUUGAAACCAAGUGGUGAAGGCCUUGAUAUAAUGACGUCGAUCCGAUCAAUCAAGUAUUUACCUGGAUAUUAGAGAUCGAUAUCUAAUUCUCGGUUAUUAUAGAUCUGUGGAAAACAUCUCGGAUUAUUUUCUUGUUAAACAGACAUCUUUAAAAUAUUACACGUGAAUCAAUAUCUAUAUAAAUAUUAAAUAUCUUUCAUCUACUAUUAACAACAUCACGUGUAAAUACAGUCAAAUUAUACACACAGCUUCAUUAUAAAAUAAAAAAUAUAACUCCACUGAUAAUUUAUAAUUUAAUCGACUACCCAGACUCAUCAGAUAGUGAUAUUGUUUUACGGAUACGAUUUGAAAUAAUUUAACUUAAGUUAUAUCCACCGUAGACUCAUUACACGUAACAGAUAGUGAUAUUAUUUUACGGGUACGGUUUGAAACAAUUUAACGGUCAUGUUACAGCCACCGUGGACUCAUUAGACGUUACAGAUGUUACUUCAUGGAUACGGUUUGAAACAAUUUAACCGCCAAGUUAUAGUUACCGUGGACUCAUUAGACAAUAUAGAUGACACUUCAUGGGUAUGAUUUGAAGCAAUUUAACCGUCUAGUUAUAGCUAUCGUGGACUCAUUACACGUAACAGUAGAUACUUCAUAGAUACGGUUUGAAACAAGAAGAGAGUUAUAAUUUCACCACCUACCUAACCAAGUUACAUAUAAACAUCAAUACACUGCUUAAUUAAUAUCAUUUAAAAUAAUCUGAAUUGUUCUAAUAACCCUACAGAAAAUAAGGAGACCGUACUGGCAAGGAUUCUGAUAGUGUAUAAAGAACGCUUAGUCGGUUGUCAUACAUGUGGGACGGAGUUGCCUUUAAAACCACAAGAGUCCGUUGUUUAGGGUGGAGGUUUUUUUUCCAAAUUUCACCACAGGGAUAGUGGUUCCGAUUUCAAAUGAACUAAACAUUUUUUUAUGACAAACUUCGUCUUCCGUGUUUUAAAUAUUCAAGGGGGACAACUGGAAGUCAGUGUACGUCACAGAUAAACGAUAUUAAGUGUUUUAGAAAUCGGACGCACACCCUUAACCGAGCACGACAUAUUAGUGAUUUCCUUUACUGGACCAUAAUAACUGGAAAUGUGUUGGUUUGUAAAAUAUGGCUAUCGUGUUGUGUGUUUCAGAAAGUGUUUAAAAUUCAAAGUUGUAUGGAUAACCAACAAGUGUGUACAAUUCAAAUGUUUAAAACUUGCAGGAAUUUAUAAGUAAUUUGACUGUGUUAUUGGAGGAUUUGACUGUGUUAUUGAAGAAUUUGGCUGUGUUAUGAAACAACUGUGUUAUUGAAGGAUUUAACUGUGUUAUUGGAGGAUUUGAAGAUAUAAAAAUUGUAAUAAGGUUGUGUAUUUAACAGUUGGUUGUUUUGUGGGCUAUAAAUGUAAACUACAAUUUUAAUUAGACUAAUUUUUUACUCUUGUUGUUUGACAACUUUAUUUUAUGUAAACACGCACAAUAAUCUCUGAAAAACGUCAUUCCAUUUUUAAUAUUUACAGACCCAAAAACUAUCUGAUAAUUCCAGGGAUUAAAAAGUUGAAAUUGUGAAUUUUAUAAAAAAAAAAAAAAGAAUGGUUAACACGCGAGAAGAUUCUGUCGAUGAAUUGUGGAAUAAAAUCAGACCAGUUUAAUGUGAAUAUGAAGAUUUUGCAUUUUGGUGAGACAGUUUGUCCUGUUCAUUUCAGCCAUGUUCCUUAUCUAAAUACGGAACGAAAUUAAUAAAUUCUGAAUUUAUUUUGGAAUUUGAAAUUAAAGCGAGCAAAAUAACUAAGUACAAAACGGGUAUAAAUUGGAUGACAAGAGUUGAUGAAACCUGGGGAGUAAAUUAGUAAAAAUACCUACAUAUUAAUCGGUGGAUAAUAUUGGAUUUGAUGCGUCAAUAGCAACCUGAACUAUUUACCAUUCUUUCUUGGAAGCAGGCGAUAUAAUCGAGUUUAUCUGGGAUCAUUUUGUUUGGCUUUAAUUUGUGGAUUUUUAUGUGAAUGUGAGUUUUCAGAAAGAAAGUCGAUUUGAUGAAAUAAGGACAGUUUCAAUAUGGUUGUCCCCGUCUCGACAACAGAAGGCUAUAACACAACUACACUCCAUGCUGACGGAAAUGACGUCACGAGAUUCCAUGACCUCGUCACAAUCAGUUCUUACAUCAUCGCGCCAAUUGGAAUAAUUUUCAACAUCCUGGCACUUAUCGUCUGGGUUAUUAUACGUAAGCAGACGCCUAUAUAUCCAUUGCUGGUGUUAUUGUCCAUUUGUGACUGUGUAUCACUCGUUUGUUCACUUUAUGCCAAAAAUUAUCAGCAGACUUUCGAGAUGUUUUAUUCAUUACCCCAGAAAUAUACAGUUAAGUUCAUAGAAUUUCCGGAGUCCUAUUUUCAUUAUUAUGGCAUCGAUUCGAAAUUUACAGUCAGAUUCUUAAGAUUAACUAUGGAAUAUUGUUCGUUUCUGGUAACCUUGGCGGUUGGAAUUACUCGUUUUAUCGCCAUUUCUAGACCGUUAAAAGCUAAGACGUUUGUCACAACUAAUUUGUGUGUUUGGUUCGGGUUAGGAUCAUUAAUAAUCAGUGUCAUUUGUAAAUUAGCUAUAACGUUUAGUGGAGCUUUGUUUUUUCCUACUGUUGAACGCUGGUCUAUCGCCGUUCGGUGCAUCAUCGUCUUCUUCUAUGGUGUUCCUUGGUUUGUGAUGUUAGUUGUGAAUGUGGGAAUGUUGAUACAUAUCUGUAAGGCGAAUAAAACGGGGAGAUCGCUAAAUACCAAUCAAGAUGACAUUGGAAAUAAAUUAACUAUCACCGUUUCAUUAAUGACAUUAUGCUCGCUCCUGGUGUUUCCGGUUCGCGCCAUUUCUUUAGCGUACGUUGUGUCAGUUCCGGUUUCAGGUAACCAAGUGAUGGACGCCGGACAACAAUACGCAGCAGCUAAAUCAAUCAUAGACAAUAUUACAGGGCCCACAGAGGUCGUGUCAAGGGUCAAUAGUUCAGUUAAUUUACUGUUUUAUUGUGCUUUAGGAACAAUGUUUAGAAAUGUUUUAUUCGGACUUGGCAGACGACGAGAAGAAGCCGCGAGCGCCAUUAAUCCUGAACAGCGAAUAUCUACAAUAAUAUAGUAGUACAUUAUAUAAGGUAGACUCCUCACUUCCGGUCCUCUGUGUGCACAAUAUGUCGUAGACUCCUCACUUCCGGUCCUCUGUGUGAACAAUAUGAAGAACAGAGGGAGAACCGUCCCACGUUCGGCACACCAUGCUUUUGCAGAGACAGUGGAACUUUCCAAUUGCAGCAUUCCAGUGUCGGCAACAUCUGGAUGUCAAAAAGGACGUAUACGCUGCAGUAAAACGUUCGUAGUCGUAGAUGAAUUAAGGUAUGAAUGGAAUAUGUCGCACCUUGGUGAUUUCUGGUGUCGUACUCAAAUAUCGAUGAUGUAAUAAAUGACUAGCCUAUAUUAGGUUAUUUUGAUACUAAAAAUGGUCACUGAAAGAAUUAUUGGCCAUGUAAUCUGAAUACUGAAAGAAUUAUUAAAGAUAAUUGUGAAUGAAUAUAUUGGAUUACGGUUGGAAGUCUAGGAUGAUACAAAAACAACAAAAGUGAAUGUUGAUUUGCACCCAUUUUUUAUAUUUAUGUAUGACAAUAACACCUUGUAUAAAUAAUGUACGAUUUAAACAAUGUCCGUAUCAUUAAUGUAAUUUAUUUGGCGUCAUUUACUUCAAUUAUUGACAGGGAUUUGUAACUGUUAUCGUGUUGAUCAAAUAGUUCCAGCAGAAACAAUUUAAAUUUUUCUUUCUUUUCCACAUUUAAAUGUGGGUGUAUUAUGUCGUCAACCAUGUCAGUCGGUCAAUGCCAUAGAAGCUACAGUUUUUAAUCAGACCGACAAGGAUGCCUUUUUUUGUCAGAGCGCCCAAAGAAUUACAAAACAUGACCGAAACGGAAAGAUAUGUUCUAGAUAAUACGUCGAUUCUUAGUCUCGGUUACCCAGAGUCUUUUAGUCUUCAACGUACGGAGGGUCUGGGAUCGUUAUCAGUAUUUGACGAAAAGUCCCUUGUCCAUGCGUAACCGGGAGUUUGGUUUUUAAGUAAGAGUUGCGCCCUUUCCCGCAAAAAAUCCCAUAAUUAAUAUUAACAAACAUAAAUCGUGACGACGAAUUGGGAUUACUUUAGAAAACAUAGAUAUAGCCCACGAAGAGAGGGAUUUUACAAUUAAAAAAAUAAGAGUGUAGGAUAUUGAACUGGCAAUGCAAUCAAAUGGAUUUUUUUUUAAAUGGCAUUCUUAAAUUAAUUUCAUGGGCGUCAACAUCUGGACUAAGACUAGUAAUUAUUUCCCCUUACGAAUGUAGUGCGAGUUAUUAAUAAACAAUUUUUCCCUUAACUUUUUUCUCCCCUCUUUCUGCAUUUGUUGGUUGACUUUUUGGUCUAGAAUUCGAGAAAAGGGAUAAAAUUUUCAAUUUCAUAGCAGUUUUGGGUAAUACUGGAGAUAUUACAGCGGAGGGAUAAGGUGUAUAAGGUGCCUUUCUGCAGAGCAAUCAUUGUGUGUCGGAAGUAGGAUUUUCACCCCAGUGAAUAUCAAAUACCCGUAGCAAAAAUUCUAAACGGUCAACUCCCUACAAAAUUAUGAUAAGGAGAUUGCCAAAUGUGGUCCCCAUUGUGCUUAUAAAGAUUUCAACCAACGGAAUGUUGAACAAAUAUCUACAGUCUGUUAUGUUACAGCCAUUUAAUGGGCGAAUAAUUGCUAGUCUAAAUCUAUCUUGUUUUUUUAGGACUAGUUACUUCCCUUAGACUCAUAGGCGUAGGAGCCGGGGGGCAGGGGGGGGGGGCAUUUGCCCCCCAAAAAAAUUUAUUUUCGGGCAAUGAAAAAUUCGACGACCUUUUUUUGCUAUUAACGUUUAGAGAAAAAAUAUAACUAACUUAUUUCUAUGAGAUCCACACUGCCCGAAAAGUAUUAUCUCGUCUUUUUCUUGUCCUCUGCAUGCCCGAAAAUAUGCCCGAAGCUCUCUUAUGAUAUGUAUGCCCGAAAAAACGGUAUUGAUUUCGGGCAAUUUUCUCUUAUGCCCCCCUGAAUUACUUUGAGCUCCUACGCCUAUGCUUAGACUUUGUUUGCGUUAAUGUAAAAGACCAGAUAAUCUAGCCAAUGACCUAUUAUUCCCAAAUAUUGACAACGAGACUAAUAGUCCUAGGAUAUUUAUCUGGAUGAUAGAGACUAGUCUAUUCUACACAUAAAAUAAAUCAAUUCAGUGUAAGUUAUAGUUCUUCCAUUCGUAUUUCAAAAUUUCAAUUAUCGAUAAUUUUGUCAAUUUGUUUUUAAAUCAUUUAUAUUGUGGAUAUGAUGUACCCAAUAUACAUAUCUGUUCUUGUCGGUCCCUUUUUGCUAUGCUUUGGGCGCCAUUUACGCCUCAAAAUACUCAUCGUUCAAUCUGGUGCGGGGCAUUGCAGCCGUAUGAGUUGACCCCCUAUUUUCGAAAUACGCGAUAAAGGCUAAUGUAUCUUUUCAAUUUUGGUUCGGGGCAAAGAGGUCUUGAGAAGACUAACCCUGUCGACAACCAGCGUUCCACGACAUUCUGUUCCGGAGUACUCUGUCCCCUUUCCUCUUUUCCAAACAUUUUGUAAACGCGAUAGAGUUGACAGUUUUUCACAAAUGUUUUUUUUCAAAAAGAUUUUAUUGCCAUUACGACAGUGAUUAGAUUACUAGAUCCUUAACCGGCUGUGUUGGUCUAUUUCCUGUUGUUGAGACUUAACCCGCUGUGUGGGCCUAUUUCCUAGCUGUUGUUGAGACAUAACCCGCCGUGUGGGCCUAUUUCCUGUAAACGUGUGGUAAUAACUAGGGUUAGCUCGUUCAUUUCGUUAUUAAUCCAUGUAACAUCUUAAAAAUAAGUUAAAUUUAUACUAUUAGUAUUAGGAUUUAUUAAACAUAUUCUAGUGAAACAACUUUCGUUUAUCUGCAAAUAUUGUCAGUGAAUCAAACGUUGUUAUUUUUUUAUUUUAUUUAUUUAUUUUUUUUUAUUUUUAUCAAAAUUGAUACGAAUAUUUAUAAUUACGGUGCAUUAGUCAUGCGCCACGUUUAUCAUGGUAGUACUUCUCGCGCAUUUUGAUUGGCAGUUGUACGUGCCAUAUAUUAAGCACCGCCUUCAUGACGUAGUAAACAUAUCAAAUUGAAAAUGCCUGGUAAGCCAGCUAUUAAAAGAGAUGGCUGGUACCCGUAUGAUUAAUUGUACUUGGGUGUGUCAGAAAUGUAAGAAGUAAAAAUAAUCAAUCGUUGUUUUGAAGAAUGAAUUGUCAGUUUUGCUUAUUGAAGUACGAUUUGAUCAGCAUCAGUUGAAUCUAUAUUGUACCUCUGAUCUGGAGACACGAAGUUUCUUAUCGACUAGAUUGUAUGCUCCUAGGGUCUAGUAUUGGCCAAUGUUUGUAUGCUCCUAGGGUCUAGUAUGGGCCAAUGAUUGUAUGCUCCUAGGGACUAGUAUAGAUCAAUGAUUGUAUGCUCCUAGGUUCUAGUAUGGACCAAUGAUUGUAUGCUCCUAGGUUCUAGUAUGGACCAAUGAUUGUAUGCUCCUAGGGUCUAGUAUGGGCCAAUGAUUGUAUGCUCCUAGGGUCUAGUAUGGGCCAAUGAUUGUAUGCUCCUAGGGUCUAGUAUGGGCCAAUGAUUGUGUGCACCUAGGUUCUAGUGUGGACCAAUGUAGGAUUAAGUGGGAUAGCCUGCACAACGAAAUUAACAGGAAUAAUUUCAAAUAACCUAAUUUUAAUGCCCUCUCUGUAGAAUUUACCCUUGGUAAGACAGGGCAUGACGGGGUAUAACAAUAGAAUGCUAUUAUAAAUAAGUUAUAUAAAUACGGGUAUCUGAACUCGGUUGAUUUUUGAAUAAAUAAUUUAAUUAAUUUAGUUUUAAAUAUUACAUUAAGAAA